AUGCAUGGGAGAGUUAAAAUUAUACAGACAGCUGAACAAGAACGAGCGAAAAAGCUAAAAAAGGAACAAAUAAGUAAAGAAUUCUCAGAAGAAUGUGAGAAGCUCUGGUUGUGUCGUGAAAAAGAUGACUUUAAUGAAGUGCAUUUGGAAGAAAUUGGUUCCCUUAUUGAGACAUCUCCAGACACAGCAACCCUGUGGAAUUAUAGACGCGAAAUAAUAAUGCAUCUCAUUCGGAAUUUUUCUGAGGAUCAAGAAAAGGUUUCAAAGUUAUUUGAAUCUGAAUUGAACCUUACAACUCGCUGUUUAUAUAGCUCGCCGAAAUCUUAUACUGUUUGGUAUCAUCGAUCUUGGGUUAUGAACAAUCACACUUCUCCGAAUUGGGAAUCUGAAUUGAAGCUUUGUAACCAAGCCCUAACACAGGAUGAAAGAAAUUUCCACUGUUGGGAUUAUCGCCGCUUUGUCGUUUCCAAGGGUAGUAUUUCAACGGAGUUAGAGCUGGAGUUUACAGACUCUGCCAUAGAAAAAAAUAUGAGCAAUUAUUCAGCUUGGCACUAUCGUGGUGAACUUUUAGCUUCUGCGUCUAACGCUUCUGUAUCAUCGUCCGAAAGUCUUAAUCCUCAGACUCAGUUGAAUAAGAAACAAAGCCAAUCUCGGUUUGAUUUUUCAUUACCAAGUGGCGAACUGGAUCUUGUUCACAAUGCAAUAUUCACAGAUCCCGCUGAUCAGAGUCCUUGGUUCUAUUAUUGGUGGUUAUUGGGUCGCGGAGAAAGAAAGGUUUAUUUAAGGGAACUGUAUAUUUCACGGAAGCUGGGAAGAUUUGUUCUUGUUUUCAGCUCUGUGAAAUUGAUGCAAACUUUAAAAGAUUUGCAGGUUUCCAUAAAAGUGUUUCCAUGUGACGGUACAAUUUCUAAUUCUAUAACUUUAACACCUGAGCUUCUUGGGGGAUGGAACUCUGUCCUAGAUGAGCAGUUAUCAGCUGUUUGGUGGUUGCCACUUAACCAAGAUUUAGUAUCUCGUUACGCUCCUGAUAAUGAUAGGCACCUAUAUCAAUGUCAACCUUGGAAUGUUGUAGCCCAAGUCUGGAUUAGGAAAGCUAAUGGCGAUGGAAACCAGGAAAUCUGUGUUAAUAUGCCUGAAGAUUCUGCAAACUACUUGUCCCUUCAGUGUUGUAUGGAUUCUCAUCAAAAUGAAUCACUGACACGCGUCACUCUAGACCCUCUAAGAUUGUUAAAUCCUAUGAUUUUGCCCUCACAUGAUCCAAAAGAUUUGGUUGGGGAACUGAAUAUUGUUCGUGACCUGCUGUCAUUUGAACCGAAAAACAAAUGGGCUUUGUUGACGCUUGUCAGCCUUCUUCGCUUUAUUCGACCGCAUAAUUUUCAUGAAGAGGUAAAAGAAGCGUUAAACGUGUUAGUGUCAGUUGAUCCUCAGCGUUCUUUUUAUUAUGAGCACUUGCGAUCUUUGUAUGCAGCCCUAGAUGUUCUGGCUCAUGCAUAUGAGGACCAGUCCAGGGAAGUGGUGUUACAUAAUCUGGAUAUGAGUUGCUUUCGUAAUCUUGAUUGGUAUGCGUUGAUGACCAAAAUCGAUUUUUCUAAUAACUCAAUCGUACGAAUCCCGGAUACUUUCUCUUAUUUAAUCUCCGUUUUGGAACUGAAUUUAGAUGAUAACCAGUUAAUAACUCUUUGUGGGGUUUCCCGUCUUCCGUCUCUAACCAACCUUUCUGUCCAACGCAAUCGACUGUGUACUUUCGAAUCGAUUGAAGACUUAGUUUAUUGCCCUAGUUUGCGCGUAGUGUACAUAAAUGGAAAUGAAGUAAUCAAGUUACCCCAGUUGAGUAGUUUGAUAUCAAAACAUCCAGGGUUUCAAAGACAGGGAGAUUCAUUUUCUUUGGUGUACGAUAAAACAUUUCACCACUAA